UAGGACUAUGCCGAGCGGGGCCCUGCCCGCGCCAAACGCUGCCUGAGCCCGUGUCCUGCCGUGGCAGUAGCGGCUGGGCCGCCCCCGACAUGGCCGAGCCCUCGGUCCCCUUCUCUGGCGGCGGCUCCCUGCCGCUCAUUGAAUCAGAGCUCUACUUCCUCGUCGCCCGCUUCCUGACCACCGGGCCCUGCCGGAGAGCGGCGGAGGUGCUGGUGCAGGAGCUGGAGCAGCACCAGUUGCUUCCUAAAAGGUUGGAUUGGGAAGGAAAUGAGCAUUGUAGAAGUUAUGAAGAUUUGGUCUUAUCCAACAAACAUGUGGCUCCAGAUCAUUUGUUGCAAAUUUGCAAGCGUAUUGGCCCUAUACUGGAUAAAGAGAUUCCACCCAGCAUUUCAAGAGUGAAUUCCUUACUUGGUGCAGGGAGGCAGUCAUUGCUACGUACAGCGAAAGAUUGCAGGAAUACUGUUUGGAAGUGCUCUGCUUUAGCUGCUCUUCGUAGAGGAAGACCUCCUGAAAUUCCUGUAAACUAUGGCCCUCCACCAAGCCUUGGUACGUAGAUGAUA